AUGAGCGGCAUAGAGGCAAAUGCAAUGAUCGAGAUCCGCCGGACAGGCUUGACCGGCGGCCCUCGGGUCUUCGCGGUCGCAAACAUCCGCCGGGGCACGCGCCUCGCCGCCGAAAGCCCUCUCAUCACCGUUCCUCCCAUUCCCGAAAACGACGAGCUACCCGAGCUCUGCAAAGCCAUCGACAAGCUCCCCGACGCCAACGCAACCGAGCUCGCCAACAUCUUCUGCCCCUCCUCGAUCAUCGAGCCCCUGCGAACCGACCUCCGCGUCCGCAACACCGUCUGGGCGCACUACAAAGCGAAGAAGUGGAAGGACGACGACUCGGGCCACGUACUAUCGCAAGGCCCGAGCCGGCGGAAGCUCGUCCGGCGCACCACCAACCUCUGCGUCAAGUUCCUCGUGACCAGCGUGCAGCUGGGGCCGAGCGGCAAGUACGGGUCGGGUGUGUUUCCAAUACACAGCCGAAUCGGCCACUCGUGCGAGCCGAACGCGCACAACGCGUGGAACCCGACGAUACAGCGGCUGACGCUGCACGCGACGCGCGACAUCCGCGCCGGCGAGGAGGUCUGCGUCGACUACACCGCGAACGUGUGCCGCACCCGCCGGCAGCGCGCGUUUGUCCUGCUGUCUUCGUGGGGCGUCAACUGCCGCUGCGCGGCGUGCACGCAGCCGGCGGUCGAGAAGCUGAGACACCGCAUGCUGGUCAUUGAUGGGGCGUUGGCGGCAUACGCUUGCGGCGCGUCUAGCGAUCCGAAGUUUGCUCUCAAGUACGGCGUUCCAAGCGUGACGACGCCUGCGCAGGCGUUGCGGGCGGCGGAGGAGCUGGUGCAGCUGCUCAGGAAGCAAAGGCUAUAUGGCAUGGAACUUUGUAGAACGUUUCGUGAGUGCUCGAAGUAUGCUCUCGACAGCGGAAUCUUCGAUAAAGCACUGCAAUAUGCACAGAAGGAGUUGGAGCUGGAGAGACUAUUGAUCGGCACGGACACGGAAUACCUUCGGGGAGAUCUCUACGGCGCGGAAUGUUGGAUCAAGUCCGUUCGUGAGAGAACAAGCCACAGACCUAAUGCAGGUUAUAGUUACUGCCAAGUAGGUGAAUAGCUGAAGUGGAUUUAGGAUCAGCAUAGUUUGAUGCCUAUUACAUGUAGGUUCAUAGCCUUUAUGUAUUGGAUAUCAUAAAUCAAUACGAAGUAGCAUUCGCACAGAAGUGUGAUGAAAAGAAAGAAUAGGUAUCGGAGUUGAUCUUUGAUUCUUG